CAAUCACGACAACAAGAUCAACACGAGAAGAAGUCCGACGGCAAAGAGGGAAAUCCGAAAACAGUCAGCGGAACGUCUGUUUGGAGAAAAGUUAACACGUUUUUAAUUCUACAGCGAGUACAAAGUUUGUAACAGCUUUAUUUUCCACCUCCAAGAAUGCAGAAAGCUUCCCGUUUGAAGCGUGAACUCCAGAUGCUCAGCACCGAGCCUCCUCCUGGGAUAACGUGCUGGCAGACCGAGGAGCGGAUCGACGACUUACGAGCACAGAUAGUUGGUGGUGUAGGAACUCCUUAUGAAGGUGGAAUCUUCUCCCUGGAGGUAAAGAUCCCAGAAAGGUAUCCAUUUGAACCUCCAAACAUACGAUUCUUGACCCCAAUCUACCACCCAAACAUUGACAACUCAGGACGAAUUUGCCAUGACGCUCUUAAACUCCCACCAAAGGGUGCCUGGAAGCCGUCUCUAAAUAUCUCCACCGUCCUCACCUCAAUACAGCUGCUCAUGUCUGAACCCAAUCCAGAUGACCCACUUAUGGCAGAUAUAUCAUCAGAGUUCAAAUACAACAAACACCUGUUCAAUGAGAAGGCCAAGAAGUGGACACAGGAACAUGCAGUUCAGAAAAACAAAGGAGUUGUGGAAGACAACAAAGAAAAUGCUACGGAUCAGAAAGUAUCGUCUCGGAAACGAGAUGCACUCUGCUCCCAGCAAGAGGCAGAAGAACCGGUGAAGAGACCCUGUGUGUAGUUUCCCCCUCGGUUGUUGGUGCCAUCUCAUCUUGCAAACCAACAUUUCUCGUGCAUCUGUAAACAUAACUGAUUAUAUUUAGUUUUUCUAAUCUGCUGCUUACAUGUUGAAUAGAUGCAAAAUAUUUAUAAGUAUACGGUGUCCUUCUGUACAUAAUAAAACUUUGAAGACCUA